UGCCAUGGCCUCCUCCCCCCUGCUGGACGCCGACCCGUUGCCACUGCUUCAGCUCCAGGAGGUUGACUCCAGCAAAGCCCCAGAGAGGCCCAGCUCGCCAGGGCUGCUGCCCGCCAUGUACAGCCCUCCCCUGGGUGUGGACGGCCACACCGUCUGCAUCCCGUCACCGUACACCGACAGCAGCCACGACUUCAGCCACGGCCCCCUGACCUUCUACAGUCCGUCCAUGCUGGGCUACAGCCGGCCCACCAUCAGCGACAGCCCGGCCUCGCUCUGCGCCCCCCUCAGCCCGUCCGCCUUCUGGCCCUCCCACGCUCACCCCAGCGUCCCCCAGCUGACCCUGCACUGCACCCAGCCGCUGGUCUACAACGAACCUGGCCCUCAUGCACCCUGGCUGGAGCUUUCCUCCUGCAGCUCCAUCAUCGGCUGUAACAAGCUGCUGGGGAAGAAGUCUGAGGACGGACCGGACGGAGUCAAGUCCUCCUCGUGCUCGUCCACGGUGGGCAAAGCCGACAUGCACUUGUGCGCCGUUUGUCACGACUACGCCUCCGGGUACCACUACGGCGUCUGGUCCUGCGAAGGCUGCAAGGCCUUUUUCAAGAGGAGCAUCCAGGGACACAACGACUACAUCUGUCCGGCCACCAACCAGUGCACCAUCGACAAGAACCGGCGCAAAAGCUGCCAGGCCUGCCGCCUCCGCAAAUGCUACGAAGUGGGCAUGAUGAAGUGCGGUGUCAGACGUGAGCGCUGCAGCUACCGAGGCGCCCGUCACCGCCGCGGCGCUCUGCAGCCCCGGGACGCCGCCGGCCGGGGCCUGGUCCGGGUUGGCCUGGGCUCCCGGGCCCAGCGCCACCUCCACCUGGGGGCGCCGCUCUACCCGCUGCCCCGGGCGACGCACCAGCACCACUCGGCCAUGAGCCCCGAGGAGUUCAUCUCCCGCAUCAUGGAGGCCGAGCCGCCGGAGAUCUACCUCAUGGAGGACAUGAAGAAGCCGUUCACUGAGGCCAGCAUGAUGAUGUCACUCACCAGCCUGGCGGACAAGGAGCUGGUUCUGAUGAUCAGCUGGGCCAAGAAGAUCCCCGGCUUCGUAGAGCUGAGUCUAGCCGACCAGAUCCACCUGCUCAAGUGCUGCUGGCUGGAGAUCCUGAUGCUGGGCCUGAUGUGGAGGUCGGUGGACCAUCCGGGGAAACUCAUCUUCUCUCCGGACUUCAAGCUCAACAGGGAGGAAGGCCAGUGCGUCGAGGGCAUCAUGGAGAUCUUCGACAUGCUUCUGGCCGCCACGUCUCGGUUCCGCGAGCUGAAGCUGCAGCGGGAGGAGUACGUCUGCCUGAAGGCCAUGAUCCUCCUCAACUCCAAUCUGUGCACCAGCUCCCCUCAGACGGCCGAGGAGCUGGAAAGCCGGAAAAAGCUGCUGCGCCUGCUCGACUCGGUGAUCGACGCUCUGGUCUGGGCCAUUUCCAAGCUGGGCCUGUCGACCCAGCAGCAGACGCUCCGGCUCGGACACCUCACCAUGCUGCUCUCCCACAUCCGCCACGUCAGUAACAAAGGCAUGGACCACCUGUCCACCAUGAAGAGGAAGAACGUGGUCCUGGUGUACGACCUGCUGCUGGAGAUGUUGGACGCCAACACGUCCAGCAGCAGCAGUCAGACGGCGUCGUCCUCGCCGACGUCCGACAGCUUCACCGACCAGCAGCAGUUCGUCCUGCCUCCAUCCCACCUGCAGCCGUCCUCCGACCAGACCGCCGAUAACACCGCCGCCAUGCCUCCACACGGAGCCGCCGACGCCCCAAUCCUGGACGGACACCAGCAGGCUCCACCCCUCCAGGCCACGCCCCCUUCACAGAGUCUGGAGGAGUCUCACAUGAACGACUACAUCUCAGAGGACCAGUGGGCCAUGGACACUCAGAGCGUCCCUUCGUCGUCCUACAUGCUCUAUCAACGGGCCAUGAUGUUUGCCCACUUAAAGCCGGACUGAAACACUGAGACUGAACCUUUCCAUCCCCAAAGAUCCAGAAAAGGACAAACAAACAAACAAAAAAAAAACAAAAAACAACCUAAACAAAGUGCUGUCGUGAGGUAGUUUUUUUUCUUGUCGAGAUGUUUUUAGUCUUUAAAAAAGAAGAAAAAGAAAGAAAAAACGAGAGAGGACCAUUUUUGAUCGAAUGUAUAUUUUGUGUGCGUAAAUAUUUCUUCUUGUGAAUGUGCACUACGGUCGGUGUUUGCGGAAACAUCGCUGAACCUCUGCCAGGCGGUUUGUGCUCUUUUUUGAUAUACAGUAUUUGUAUGUUUUUUUCCACGUCGGUGUAACAUCCAGAACAAGCCAUGUACCAACUGUCCACUGAACCCGGCCACUGUUCUCCGUCGCCCUGUGGUGUUUUUCCUCCCUCACUACUACCUACCUACCUACCUACACCUACCCAUCGUGUUCUUUGGUGUUUUACUCGGAUUUUUCUACUCUUUGUACAAACUGUCAGUGGAGUGGAGAAGCAGCAGUAUGUGGCCUUUUUACCAAAAUGACUGUUAAAUUUCUCCUCUGUUCGUCUGGUUAAACUAAGGCUGAAUUUACACGUGAUGUGGCACAAAUCUGCUCCGUUCACUCUGAAGCACCAGCAACACUGAGACUAAUUUAUCCCAAAUAUCCAAUGACGGGAUGCUCAGAAACUGCAAUUUGAAACGAGCCAAUUAGCGAACUGCAAAUGCUGCAAUUUAGGACGUUUGUUUUUACAAUUUCACGUCAUUUUUACUGUGUGACAGUCGCAUUUUUGAUGGUGUCUCGUGUGGCCUUGUUUAAAUCGUACACACCAUUAAUACUGAGCAGCUUGACUCAAAAAAAAAUUUUUUUUAAUCUAAUAGCUGUCAGAAAAAUGUCGAUAUUUUCUCUAAAUCGUUCCACUUGUCACAUCUCCAUGUAAUGAAUCUAAAAUAUAUCAAACCUAAAUGUUAGCAUGUUUUGUAGCAUACCUAUGUAUACUUAAUGUACUCUUCAACAACUAAUAAGUGAGGUCCUGCUAGCUAAAUGCUAAUGCUAGCAAGUUACCAUGUUGACCAUUAACUGUUAGCAUAAUAAGCGAAGACACAUGCUAACAUACGAAGACAAAAUAGAAAAUCUAAUGUUUUUUCAUUGUAUAUGUGUAAACUUCAAAAACUGAUGAAUUCCUCCUAGCCUUAGCAAUCUAAGCUAGCAACUUAUCAUGCUAACUGAUAUGCAAACAGUUAACGUUAUGAAUUAAAAAACAUCUUAACAUGCCAAGAUAUGCUUAUGUAAACUCUAAAAGCUAAACAUCUGCUGCUGAACUUAUGUGCUAAAAUACCAAUGAUAUGAAAAUAUUAUGCUAAUUUUUAUGCCUACAUGUAGCAUAAUAAGCUAAAUAACAUGCCAAGACAAAACAGUCACUAUAGCUAAAGCUUUUUUACUUUACAUGCACUCAGUGCAAACUGAAAAAGCUAAUAUGUGAAGUGCUGCUAGGCUUAGCUGUACCAAAAUGCUAACAAAUUACCAUGCUAACUGUUAUGUACACAGCUAGCAUAAUAAGCUAAUAAACUGGUUAACAUGUAAAAACAAAACAUUCAGUAAAUGUAAUGCAUAGUUGUUGUAUGUAUGCUUGAUGUAAGAAAUGAUAGCAUUAACUAUGCUAACAAUGGUCAGUCUAGCAAAUUGCAAUGCCAACCGUUUUGCAUACAGUUAGCAUAAUAAGCUAAGAAACAUGCUAGUAUGCCAAGACAAAAUGGCCACCAAACCUCAUAGUUAUUUACUGUAUGUGUGUAAACUUUGACGCCUUGCUAGCCAUAGCAUUUUAGCAUAAUAGAUGACAGAACGUUUAAAAAUGCUAUUUGAAAAAAAGUCCCUAAAGCUAAUGCUUAUUUACUGUAUUUAUGUAAACUAUAAAAGCCAAUAAAUGAACUGCUACUAGCCUCAGCUGUGUUAGUAUGGUGAAGCUAGCAAAAUACCAUGCUAACCAUUAGGCGUACAAUUAGCAUGAUAAGCUAAGAAACGUAGUGGCACACCAAGACAAAACAUUAACUAACCCUGAAGCUAAUUUACUUCAUCUGCACUAAAUGUGAACAAGGCUAUAUCCCAGCCUUAGCUGUGCUAACAUGUUAAAUGCACAUUUAACUGAAGUCCUGCCAAAGCUAGCAAAUACCCAUGCUACACACAGUUAGCAUAAGCUAAGAAACAUGCUGAACAUUUUUAAGAUAAGAUGAGGAACCUCAGUGCUAACAUGCUAACUUUACCAUGUUUACAGUUGAACAUGUGUUAAAUGUGAUAUGCUAACUGCUAAAUUUAAAUAUUCAACAAUAAAGUCUGUUUAUGCUCAUGAAACGCAAAAUUAGGGAUAUUAUUUUGUACUUGAACUUCACCGUUUAUAAAAAAGAAAUGGAAAAAAAACACAUCCUGCAAAAUUGUACUAAACCACUGAUUCAGUUUAUCUGGUUCCCUUUAAAUACUAUUAAAGAAUCAGCCAAAGCAUGAUGGAUUUUAGCCAAUUUUCACUUCAUAUUAUACUUUAGUGACCAUUGCAAUAAUUUAGAUUUUCCCCAGAUAAUCCAAAUCAAUAAGAUGUGUUGUCCAUACAGCAGAACAAACGUUCUUUAUUUAUCAGGCUGCAGAUUUUGACAAAGAAAUAAAAGAAAAACGUAUUUACUUCCAACAUAUUCGGUUUGUUUCUGUUUUGCUCAUUAGAUGAUUUUUGUUCACCUUGUUGAACCAAAAGCUUUUCUUUGCUGCAUCAUCUGCGGUGAAUAACAGCGUCGGUCCAGGAUCGCUGUCUUUGUUUUGGCUCUCGGCCCUGAAACUAUUUGUCUUCUUCCACAUGUAAAAACCUUUUUGGUCUCGUUUGCUUGAUUCGCUUCGGUACAAGCCAACUCUCUGUUUUCAUCCGGCCCGACAAACCGAGAGGAGGACCGGCUCCAGAGUUUCAGACGAGCCGUCCCAAACGCACCAUUAGGAUGCUUUUUGGACGUCCGGUGGAGGAGAUGUGCCACAUAUCUGCCGGUGUAAAUCCAACCUUGUGCCAGAUGGUUUAACCUGCUACUAGACAGAUACAUGUUUACUAUCCUUUCUCUCCUGACGUCUGUGGCUUGUACAUGCAUGAACACACACACAAGGAAGCAGCAGAAUCAUGGCAAACACAGUUUUAUUGUCAAUCGAAACGGACAAUCUAUACAUCCCAUAAAUAAGAGAUCACAAAAUAAAUCAAACUUUACACA